AUGCAAAUUCUCAAGUUCCUUCUCGCGGUGCUCUCUUUCUCCGUCCUUGCGACAUCGCUUCCCGUACAUACCAGUGAAUCCGGAAGCCUCGCCCUGCGCAAUGCUGACCUCGAGGAGCGCUCAACUGCAAUUGGACUGGAUGGCUCCAAGGACGUUCUGGCUCGCUCCUUUGAUGACGUUGGCUCCGACCUGGAAGCUCGCGACGAUUGCACGAUCUGUCUCGAGGCGAAUGCCAAGCAUACCAAUUGUCCUAACGGGCAGGCUCACCCUGCUCACUUCGCAUGCUUGAAGAAAUGGAUCGACACUCAGCACACUGAAGGACAGCCAUUCACAUGCCCUGCAUGCAGAUCGCCUACCACCACCCUGAUCACGACUGUAAAGAAGAAGGACUCUAUGUCGUCAGCCAGGAAGACAAUGCCUAAGAAAGCCACGGCGAAGAAAGCCAAGGGCAAGCGUGACCUUGAAGACGUCGAGUCGAAAUCCGAGUUCGAAAUGCGCGACUUUGCCAACUGA